GCUGCCUCACGACUGCCCCCAGAACGCCCUCACGCCAAAACUGCGAGCCCCCCUCUACCAUUAUAUCACUGUCUACCAGAUAAUUCGCCAACAUGGCAUCCGGCGCAAUGGGCAUUUAUACUACGCAAUUCCUUGCACCACUGCUGCCCGUCACGGGAGCGUUCGCCCUCCCCUUUACAGCCUACUUCUCCUUCCUCAGCCUGCGCAUCGUGGGCCGGAGACUCCAUGAGAAGCACUACGUCGGAGACACGCUUCCCUCAUCGUCCUCGUCCACAUCGUCCAAGUCAGACAGCAAGCAUAGCAAGAGCAAGAGCAGUAGCAGCAGCAGCAGUGCGAACAAGCUUGCCGACAACGAUUUGUACACGGACGUCCGGUCGCACAUGAGCUUCAUCGAGAACGUGCCAUUCGCCUUCUCCAUCGCCGCCAUCGCCGAGCUCAACGGUGCGCAUCCGACGUACCUCUCAGCCGCGUUGGGGAGCCUGCUCUUCUUCCGCGUCCUGCACGCCGAGUUUGGACUCAAGGGCAAGGAUGCCAUGGGUAACGGCCGACCCGUCGGGUACUUUGGCACCAUUGGCACCAUCAUGGGUCUGGCGGCGUACGCGGCUGGCCUCACCAGGGAGUUCUGGAUGAAGCAGCUCAAGUGAGUCGAGAGGAGGACUGCAGAGGAGCUCAUUGCCACGAGCGAAAACAAAACAAUAGGGAGUCUCAGGCAUGUCUUUAAAUGUAGGAUGCGGCGCAACAAUUGCCUGGUAGCGGCAGAUGUAUCCCCUGGGUUGUAUACCUUAAGGCAUAUACAUAUAUAAUAGAGCAGAAACACAACCAGUCGCUUUACAGUA